AUGAAAUCAAUAACUUUAUAUUUAAAAAUUACUACAUUCUUUCUUUUAAUUUGGAUGUAUCAAUGUUUUUUUAACUGUGAUUCCUAUAAAACUUUGAUUGAUAAAAAUAUACCGCAAGCAAAAAAUGAGUUAAAAAAUGAAAGAGUGUUAACAGAGGGUGACAUAUCAGGAAUAAAGCGAACUUACGUUAAGGAAUGUAUAGAAAAAUGUCCAUUAUAUAAUAAGAAAAACAAAUGUAAAGAUCCGGAUAAAUACAAGGAUCCGUCCGAUUAUUGGUAUAUGGUCGUUAUUCCAAAAAUGUGGGAUCGUUUUAAUCAAGAAACAAGUGAAAUGGACCCUAAAUUGAAAAAAAAGAAAUGGAAUGUAGAAUGGCAUAAAAUUUCAACUUCGAAAGUUAAAGAUCUACAUUUAAUGUCUCGUAGACGUGAUAUUACAUAUGAAGAAAAAAAAAGAAGAACUGAUAAUGUUUUGAAAGAACUUGACUCUAAAUUUGAGAUAUUUUUAUGUGAAUGCAAUAAAGAGAUGAGAGACAAUAAAACAGAAUCCAAAUCUAAGAAAGAGAUGAGAGAAAAUAAAACAGAAUCCGAAUCUAAGAAAAAGAUGAGAGACAAUAAAGCAGAAUCUGAAUCUAAGAAAGAGAUGAGAGAUAAUAAAACAGAAUCAGAAUCUGAUAAAGAGAUGAGAGACUAUAAAACAGAAUCCGAAUCUAAGAAAGAGAUGAAAGACAAUAAAACAGAAUCAGAAUCUGAUAAAGUGAUGAAAGACAAUAAAACAGAAUCAGAAUCUGAUAAAGAGAUGAAAGACAAUAAAACAGAAUCAGAAUCUGAUAAAGAGAAGAAAGACAAUAAAACAGAAUCAGAAUCUAAGAAAGAGAUGAGAGAAAAUAAAACAGAAUCCGAAUCUAGGAAAGAGCAGGGAUCAAAUGAAAUAAAAAAUUAUAAAUUAAAAAUUUGGAAAUUGCUUAUUAUUUUGAUAAUCUUAAGAAGAAUAAAUAUUAAUGGUUUAACAGAGAAUAUAGGAUUAGUCAUGCACAAGAUCUAG